ACCUGUUUGUGUUUGUUUUUUACCUUUCUCCUUGGAGGGACUUGUAAGGUGGAUUGUAUUGUUCUAGAAUCCAAAUUAGCAAAUGGAGUCCCCUCCGGGGCAGUGAAGUUACUUAAGUGGAAGAACUGGCUUUCUGACACCAAAUCUUGUGGCUCUCUCUCCUCCCGCUCAGCUGGACCAGGAGUCAGAAGAUUUAGAGUGAGGCACAGUUCUGUCAUACAAACUGUGUGACCUUAGCCAAGUCAUUCUUACCCUUUGGGCCUUGGCUUCCUUACCUCUAAACAGAUCAUAUACCUUCUCUGGUCUCUAAAAUAAUUGUCAAAGUCAUACUCAACUAGAGAAGGCGGCAUUCCUCGUUGCUAAUUUUUAGCCCUCAAAAUACCUCAAACAUAUUUUUGCAUUGGGAAUAGACUGCCAGAGUCUCCUGUCUCCCCCUUAAGAUUAAGUCCUUCCAGGUCCACACAGCGGCAAGUUUUGUUCUACAACUGUGACCUAAUAGAGGAUGCAGCCCCUCCCCCUCCCCCACUGUGGGAGAAACAAAAAUGCCAGGAGGGUGUUACAGAGAAAUAACAUUUUGUCAAGGAUGUAUCGUUCUGGGUGACAUUGUUAGGCCACUCUAAAAGCCAGCUUUCUCAGCAUGAGCUUUCUAACAUUUCUUCACGAAGGGUAAUAAGGGCAGCUCCCUGGAAUCCUUUACCAGUAGCCCAGGCAUCACCUCACUGUAAAGUAUAUGCUCUCAUGUUGAGAGUCCUUCUCAACACGGGCAGAAGCAAGUUUCACAUGGGACCUUUUUCAAAGUUUUUUUCCCCUGCAUCAGUGAUUUCAACAGGCAUUGAACUAAUUGGUCUAAGUUUAAAUUUAAAAGGUGACAGAAUUAGUCCUUGAUAAUUGCCUAUGUGUCAAUGGGGAAAUUGAGGGCCUGAAUGAUACUUUUAAAAAACUAGAGUUUCUGAGUAUGGCUAAUGUGGAACUAAGUUCACUGGCUCGGCUGCCCAGCUUAAAUAAACUUCGAAAGUUGGAACUCAGUGACAAUAUAAUUUCGGGAGGCUUGGAAGUCCUGGCAGAGAAAUGUCCAAAUCUUACCUACCUCAAUCUGAGUGGAAACAAAAUCAAAGAUCUCAGUACAGUAGAAGCUCUGCAAAAUCUUAAAAAUUUGAAAAGCCUUGACUUGUUUAACUGUGAGAUCACAAACCUGGAGGAUUACAGAGAAAGUAUUUUUGAACUGCUGCAGCAAAUCACUUACCUAGAUGGAUUUGACCAGGAUGAUAAUGAGGCACCGGACUCAGAAGAAGAGGAUGAUGAAGACGGAGAUGAAGAUGAUGAAGACGAAGAGGAAGAUGAAGCUGGUCCACCAGAAGGCUAUGAGGAGGAGGAGGAGGACGAGGAGGAGGAGGAAGAGGAGGAGGAGGAGGAGGAGGAGGAGGCAGGCUCAGAACUGGGAGAGGGAGAAGAGGAAGUGGGCCUCUCCUACUUAAUGAAAGAAGAAAUCCAGGAUGAAGAAGAUGAUGAUGACUAUGUUGAAGAAGGGGAAGAAGAGGAAGAUGGUGAGUUACAUUAGCCAUUAAAGAAAUCCUAACAUUCAAGUUACAGCUAUUAUUCGUAUACUUUAACAAAUGAGUCUAUAAUUCAAAUUGUAAUUGAUUUUGGUAACAUAGAGCACCUUGAGAAGUAUGAAACCUUUUUCUUUUAAAGUUGAUUUGAGUAAUCUCUACACUCAACGUGGGGCUCGAACUCAUGACCUUGGGAUCAAGAGUCUUAUGCUCCUUGUAACAAGCCAGCCAGGCACCCCUAAAACCUCUUUAAAAGAGUAAUGUUCUCAGGGCAUUCAAUAAUUUCAUUAAAAAGCAAACAAACAAAAAACCAGCCUCUAACAUUUAUUUUUAUUUAAAAAAAAAUUUUUUUAAUGUUUAUUUAUUUUUGAGAGACAGAGCACGAGCAGGGGAAGGGCAGAGAGAGAGGGAGACAGAGAAUCCCAAAGCAGGCUCCAGGCUCAGCUGUCAGCACAGAGCCCUAUGCGGGGCUAGAACCCACGAACUGUGAGAUCAUGACCUGAGCCAAAGUCGGACACUUAACCGACUGAGCCACCCAGGCACCACUCUAACAUUUAUUUUUAAAAUGGUAUGAAGAGAUCAUGGAACCUUGAGCCUUAAUUUAUUACUUUCUUAGGUCUUUCAUUUUGAAGAGGGUGAAGCCUUAUCUCUCAAGAGCAGUGGAAUUCUCAAAUAAUGCUCUCUAGUCCUCUUUACCUAGGUCUUUCAAAAUAAAUUUAAAAAUUCACUAAUAAUUCUUGUAAUGACAAGCCCCUGGUUUCUUGAUCUGUACUUCAUGAUUUGGCCACAAGGGUGCACAGCAAGCUGUCAUUAUUUAUGGAUUUCUGUCUAUUAAGCCUUUACAAUACACUAAAAUUGAAAAAUUUUCAGAGAGGAAACUUAAACCUAUAAUUAAAAAAAAAUUUUUUUUAAUGUUUAUUUCUUUUUGAGAGAGAGAGACAGACAGCAUGAACAGGGGAGGAGCAGAGAGAUAGGGAGACGCUGAAUCCAAAGCAGGCUCCAGGCCCCAGGCUCUGAGCUGUCAGCACAGAGCCUGUCGCAGGGCUCGAACCCGCUAACCAUGAGAUCAUGACCUGAGCUGAAGUCGGAUGCUUAACCAACUGAGCCACCCAGGUGCCCCAAACCUGUAAUUUUUUUUAUGCCAUUAAGUUUUCACUAAGAUUCAAAACUUUGUAAUUUAACAGGUACUCAUUUGUUAAAAUUGAGUACUUUACAAUUUUUCUUUCACUCUUCCUUCAGAAGAAGAAGGUCUUCGAGGGGAAAAAAGGAAACGAGAUGCUGAAGACGAUGGAGAUGAAGAAGACGACUAGAUCAUUCUAAGACCAGAUUCCCUAAAGUUCCUGGGUGUGCAAUAGAGUGAUCACAUCUUCUUUGUUUCUUCAUGUACCAUAGUGAACCCUACGGAAAAUAACCUGUAACUUUUAUAGGAAAAGUGUGGUUUUACUAUUUUUGCCUUAUCAUUCCAAAUAAGAUUUACUAGUCUGUUAAUAAUCAUACUGUAUGUAGAGAAAACAUUUUCAUUGACCCCGUUGUGAAAUUCCCUAGCAAUUUAUUUAGAAUCUUCAUUUUUCUCAUUCAAACUCAUUGUAUUAGUUAUUUUUAGCCCAUAAUUAAAACAUGAUCACUUUUACACAGGCGUAGUUUGGUGCAUUUCAUUCAUAAGGUUUUAAAGUUAUUUAUAGUUAAUGGAAAUCACGAUCAGCUGGAAUAUGAAAUGAAGUCUCUUGAAUGAGAAGUUGGUUAUUUUUUUAGAGGUGACCCAGAGAUCUUUAGUUUGAAGGCAAUGACUUUUUUUUUUUUUUUGGCUAAGGGUAUUUGGAUGCUUUUUUGUCACUUGAGUAGCUUGGAAAGUAGGAGCAGAAUAGUAAAGGUUCUACUCAACAAUAUAGUUCAUAGCUUUUGUGGAGGCUUCUGAAAACUUUUAAAGUCAGGUGACUAAUACGAUUUUCUUUUUGAAGUUCAGAGAGAUGUGUUCAGAGACAUGCAGGUGAGCCCUUUCUUUUUCAAGCUGAAGAUUACAACAUACUAGUAGGUUGGUUAUUUUGUUUUUAAAUGUGCAUUCUUUAUUUUCCUCCCAGCAAUUCCUUUAUAAUCACUUUCAUUUCUCUUUUCACUCCUCUCCCUCUAUCUCAAAAAAAAGUUGGGAAACUCAUGUGAUACCCAGGAAAACUUUUAGUCUUUUAUACCUCAACCACCUUUUCAGACUGUCUCAGUUUUAAACAAGCUAAGUGAAAGAAAUUCAGUAUUUUCUGAGAUACGAAUAUUAUUACCAGUACGUUUGUAUGCAACAGAUUCUGCUUACUGUAAAUCAUUUUUGAUUGACAAGAUGUACAGACCGUAUUAUUAGGAUGCAGAAAGAAAAGUAGAGGAGGCUUUCAGAAGCAGAAUUAAUAUUCCUCAAAAGUCAGAACUAUUGCCUGUUGAUAAUUAAUGAGACAUUCAAGUCAAAUUUUCAAGUUAGCUUUCCAAACGAUUUGGAUACCACACUGCAAAGUAUUUCUAAUUUUUCUGAGUAGAACCUUUCAUUAUUCUUCUUAUAGUUUUAAGGUAUUACCAGAUAUAGCUUUUAAUUGGAAUAUACUGGGCAGUUGGAAACAUAUUUGAAACUAAAUCAGUAUUCAAGAUUAAGAUUUAUUUUCAAGUGGAUGUCCAUUAAAAAUCAAAAAUAUUUCAGGACGAAUGUGUGUUUCUAUAUAUGGCUACUAAAUAUAAUAACAAUAGAAAAGUACAUCCCCUUUUUGUUUUGGAGGCUCCACGGUCAAGGCAAUUGCUUUUGAAAUCUUGGCUAUCUAAAUGUUUUUCUGCUUUGUUUUGGAUAUCUGUAAGUUUUUGUAAAGUUAGCAUUCAGCAAAUUAAUUGAAGUUACUGGGACACAUUUAAAUUACUGAGUAAAGAACUUCUUUUUUAGUUUCAAAUGUAUGACUUUGGGUUUUAGAGUAAAAACUACAAAGUUAUUUGUGGGUAAACUAAAAACGUUGCACAAGUGACUGAAAUAAAACUCUUGGAAUAAGUUUUGAGGGGGGGGAUUGGAAUCUCCAAAAGGCUAACAUUUUACUCCUUUUUAACAUUUGAAAUACCCUGUUGUAGUCCCUAAGAAUUCUCAUCACAGAGUAUAUGCCAAACUAUAAAAUACUUAUUUUUAAAAUGAAAUCUAUAUACUGACUUUAUCAAUCGUCUUAUUGUGCAAUCAAAAUUAGAGUUCUUUGGUUUGAAAACAACAUUUAGAGCCUCCAAAUGACUUUUUUAAGACUUAUUUAGCUUUGUGGGUGGUAUUUUCAUGCAAAUAAGUAAGGGUGGGUUUUAUAUUUUGUAGAAGUUUUUGGUCCUAUUUUAAUGCUCUUUGUAUGGCAGUAUGUAUAUAGUGUGUUAAAUUCCUCAAAACUGUCCUUAAAAAACUUUGAAGUUAAUACUUUUGUGCAACUGUGUUUUGAAUAAAGCCAUGACAGUGUUAAAAAACAAAAAAAUGCAGCACUCCUGAUUAUUUUGUUUCUGACUGUUCCCUGUUUUUUUUUCUUCUUCUGUGACUGCUGUAACUUAAAAGUUUUUGAAAUUGAAUUGCUUCAAAUAAAUGGAAGAUUUGUUAAUA